AUGCUGGCCAUGCAGUGGAUUUCUGGCGAAAUGGAGCGAAUGGAGGAGGAAGGGUCUGAUGUGCAGUUCAAUUAUGAUACUGAGCUUGACGAUACAACCGAGGAAAUGAUUUUGCGAUCAUCGACCUGUGGUUUUGGUGAUUUUACCAUCUCAUUCCUUGGCCGCGUCUUCACGCUUCUCGAGAACUUACCAGAUGUAACUCGCGUUCGCAACGGCUCCCCAGAAGAGAACAUCGUGAACACACUGCCCGCCACCUUCAUGCCCCUCCUUGCUUCCCUUUCACCCGAAUACUACGACAUUGCCCUCUCCAAGAUCGUCGAUUUUGUGUCCAACCACGUUAUUCACCAGGCUCGAGACGCCAUGGCCUUCAUUUGCAAUGCACUUUGCAAGGUCAAUCCUGAAAAGGCGCUCAAACGCUUCAUCCCAGUUCUCACCCAAGCGAUUCGCACCGAAAUUGAGGAUAAUGGUGCCGGAUCGACACGAACAACUGGUACGGACGUUCUGCCUCGUGAUCGUGGUUUGGUUUGGAACGUCAGCAUGUUGAGCAUGUGUGUGGUUCAUGUUGGCGAUGCCGUCCUGGCUCAUCGCCAGGAGCUCUUUGACAUCGCAGUCUAUAUGCAGAACAAAUGUCGCGGUAUUCCGACCGUUCAUAUCUCCAAUUUCAUUCACCAUCUCUUGCUUAAUCUCACUGGCACAUACACCAGUGAUUACUCCCUCUACGAGAAGGCGGACACAGCUGGCGGAAUCGAGCCGAAACACUGGAGCUACAGCGCCGAUGUGCGAAAUCUCAACAUAAAUUGGCAUGUGCCUAAGCGCGAAGAGCUGGAGUUUGCCGUCGACGUCUUCAAAAACCAGGCCGAAUCGGCUUUGAAGCAUUUGACCGGUCUGACGAAUGAGACCUCGAGCAUCAAGCGAGACGGCAGCGGCAAGGAAUGGUCUGAUGAAGUUACCCGGAACUUGGUGCUUCUGCGACUGCUCCUCUCUGGUAUUUCUGUUCUCUUUGAUCCCAAGGCGGCGGCCAAGACCUCGCCCGAUAUCUUGAAGAGCGCAUCUGCCGUCUCUAGUGAGUUUGAGCAGGCUGAUGAUUCUGCUUUUUCGAAUGGAACAACCGAUGAAGAGACUGAGACUGCUCUCGAUAAUACUGAUGAGGCCCUUAUCAGGGAAAGUUUCCCUUACCCUACCGGAUAUCCGCUACAAGAAAGCGAUCCUCUCUACAACGCCAUCCAUGAGAUUCGCGAGCGAGCAGGUUGGGUCCUGCAUGAGACCCAUCGUUUCUUAAGUGACAAGCAGGAAGAUGAUGUGCCUUGUUUCGGAGCCCUCUAUUCGGCAUUUCGAUCCUGGUUUGUGGACGUUGGCAUCGAAAGAUCAGCUCACGUUCUGGACCGUGUCACACGACUUCUAGCUGCUGACAUUCACCCAUACAAGAUGAGCGGUAUUCGCAAAGACUACCCGAGAGCAUUGCUUGUGCGAAGGGCCAAUGUGUAUCACCUGCAGCGGCUCCGUCAUAAUGCUGCCCGCGUCCUCGAUCUAAGCUCGACGAAGUACUACUCUACGAUCUUGCUGAAUCCUGCGUCUCUCUGUACACAGAGACUCGACAGGGGCGUGAAGGAGAAUGACUAUGCGCGCAUCAAGGGUGCACUCUUCUCACUUCUUCUCAGCAGUGUUGCAAAGACAGCAGGCAGGAAUUGGAAGUUUACGCCGGCCUUAAUUCGGACCUUCAUCGAUGCCAGCGCUGUUGAUAAACCUUCUGUCCAGAAGAUCUGCUCUGGUGCCGUGUUCCAGAUUAUGGAUUACGGUCGCGCUAUGGAAAGGAUGGCUAUCCUCGAUCGCGACAUUGUGGAAGCAAUUGCUCCAAUUAACGAUUUCAGUGAUGAAAUUGAGCAGAAGCGAAAGGUUAUCAAUAAGAAACGUGCAACAAUCGAAAAGAAGAAGGCCGACCUUGCCGAAGAGCUAGUCAACCUAGCACGCGUCUCACACUGGAAGAUUGCUAGCCGUGCUGCGACAAUUGUAAUCACAAUGGGUCUGCGUUUUGACUACAUUGCCAGCCAGAAUUUGAUUGAACUGGUUACCCUUGGCUCGAUCGAUGACCAUCCCGGCCUGCGGGGCAUGUAUUCUCAGGCGCUCAUUGCGUUGUUCACGAUGAUUGACGUACGAGCUAUUUGCAGCCACGAGUACAAGAACUACAUUCUGGGCCACCAGCGGUUCCCUUCGAAGAUCAAGGUUGCGACGCGCCCAUAUGAGAAAGACUGGACACAGGAGUAUUUGACCAGCUUUGCCAACCCCGAGGCCGAAUACUACGUGGACCAUGAUUUCCCUGGAUGGCUGGUAUGGGGCAAAACUAUGCCCGCAUAUAAGUCUAACGUGGCUCGUGAUAUCGAGUACGACGAAGUUGAGUGGAACGUACGGACUCAAAUGGGCAAACUUUUCACCCGCGAGUGGUUCUCCAAGUUCUUCGCCUACUUGAAACAGGAGCCUAGAGAUCCCUCUGCAGACAAGUUCCGCAUGUCGUGCGCUAUGAUGCUCCUCUAUGCUUUCGAGCUUAUGCUUCGUGAUGGACUUACAGCUGUUUCAUUCAAGGAUAUCCAGGAAGAGAUCCAAAUUGUCUUUGAAGACGGUAGUGAUAAGCACCAGCACCGCGCCACUGCUGAGAUUCUUGGCGCCUUGAUCAGUUCAGUGACUGACUCGAGCGUGGAGAACCGCGCCAUGGUUUGGGAAUAUGCCUUCCCCAUCGUAAGGAAGGUCUUCACAGACGGUCUGACACCCGAAAACUCUGGGUACUGGACAACUUUCCUUCACAUGAUCCUUCAGUGUCGCGACCCGCGACGAGCCUGGCCUUUGGUCGAUUGGCUUGCUAGCUUCCGGCUAGACAUGUCAACUAACGCAGCUUUUAAGGAAAGCUCGAAGAUCAACCUGCUCCAUCAAUGCAUUAUCGACGCUGGCUGGCAUUUCCAGUUGGAGAAGCCGAUCGUCAAGGAUUUCCUCGCGCACUUGGAUCACCCCUACAAGGGUGUUCGUGAAGCCAUGGGUCAAACCCUUGCCACGAUCUACCGCACCAGGUAUCACGAGUCGUAUCCUGAUCUUCAACACCUCUUGGAUGCUCAGAAGUCCGCAUCAUCAGUUGGAAGCUAUCCAUACACUCCUUCCGAUGAGUUCUCAUCAAUGGUUCGCGGCGUUUUUGACCAAAUUGAAGAAUGGCGAAAGGCCAGAACCCCUGGUCAGCAAACGCCAACGUCCUACACAUCUGGCAGCAAAACUGUACUUCUUUGGCUGGAUUCAACCCUCUCCUCCCACGAAUGCACACAGUUGGUCCCCUUCUUCCCUGAUGUCUUCACCGCGCAGCUUCUGCAUAUGAUGGAUGUCAAGGAAGACCCUGAGCUCCAGUCUCUUGCCUACCAUGUUUUCCGCCACCUUCCUAACAUCCCCUACCCUGCCGAGAAGGACUCUGAGUUCAUUCAGUCCCUUAUUCGUAUUGGACAGACAUCCUUAUCGUGGCAUCAGCGUCUACGUGUCAUGAUUAAUAUCCAGAUCAUUUAUUUCCGCCGCCUCUUCCUGCUCGACCCUGCCGACCGGGAUAAGCUAUUCGAGUGCAUUGCAUCCAUGCUUGAAGACCCUCAGCAUGAAGUCCGCGCAGGCGCCUCGGCUACCCUCUCAGGAAUGAUUCGCUGCUCGCCCAUUUUCUUGCGUAACAAGAUGGUCAACCGAUUCCAGGAGCGUUUCACCAAACUCCUUGCGGAUAAUCCGCUUCCCAAAAAGCCGAAGAACUUCCGCUCUGGAAUUUCCUCUGCGGUCUCUUCUGGCGCCGGAACCCCUACCCCCGAGCACAACCGCCUGAUUAUUGUCCGUCACGGCGCGGUGCUGGGACUUGGCGCGUUGAUCCAGGCAUUCCCAUACAGCAGUCCCCCUCCACACUGGAUGCCAGAGGCUUUGACUACACUCAGCAUUAGGGCUGCAAAUGACCCUGGCGUCGUUGGUUCCAGUGUGAAGUCGAUAAUUAGUGAAUUCAAGAAGACCAGACAAGAUACCUGGCAUAUUGAUGCGAAGGCAUUUACACAGGAUCAACUUGAGGAUCUUUCGGGUGUUCUUUGGAAGAGCUACUUCGCUUAA